AUGGCGCCCCUUGGCUCGAGCCGCGGCGACUAUGCCUCGGUGCCGCAAGCCGAAUCUGCCGUGGAGCUGCACGACCUGAGCGCUGCCUCGGACGUGGCUAGAGUCCAUCAUGACCGCUCGCUGGCCCGGCGCGGCCAUGCUCCGGCCCCGCGCCCUGGUGCAAGCGGCGACUCCAGUGCCCUGGACACGCCUGAAGUGGGCGAAGCAAAGCGCAACUCCACCGACACUCUCAGCAAUCUGUCGGUGGACGGCGACGAGCCGUCAGACGAGGACAGGCUCUCCCUCCGCAGGGUUCCGGACAGGCUGCCGUGGAGCGCUUCUUUGAUCGCCAUUGUCGAGCUAUGCGAGCGCUUCGCCUACUACGGCCUAUCCGGCCCGUUUCAAAACUACAUGGCUAACAAGUACCACGACCCAAGCGGCCUCCCGGGAGCCAUUGGGCUUGGCCAGCACGGCGCGACUUUGACCAGCAGCUUUUUCCAGUUCUGGUGCUUUCUCACCCCCAUCUUCGGUGCCGUGGUGGCCGACCAGUACUUGGGCAAGUACUGGACUGUUGUGUAUUUCUCCAUGGUGUACAUGUCCGGCAUUGCCGUCCUCUUCCUUACCUCUCUGCCCUCGUCGAUUGAGGCCGGCUACGCUUAUCCCGGUCUGCUCGUCGCAAUCCUCAUCAUUGGCCUCGGCACUGGUGGCAUCAAGAGCAAUGUGUCGCCACUGAUUGCCGAGCAGUACGAGGAGACGAGGCAAAAGAUCAAGACCUUGCCCUCCGGGGAACGUGUGAUAGUCGAUCCGUCCCUCACCAUCCAACGUAUCUACAUGGUCUUCUACAUGUGCAUCAACAUUGGCUCUCUGUCCGCCAUUGCCACCAGCACCAUGGAACUGCGUAUCGGCUUCUGGGCUGCAUAUCUGCUGCCCCUUUGCAUGUUCGUUGUCGGAUUCGUGCUCAUCAUCAUGGGGAAGAAUAGAUACGUAAUCACCCCUCCGUCAGGAUCUGUCAUAGCAAACAGCUUCAAAGCUUUGUACAUUGCUAUCUUGAACCAAGGCGAUCUCGAUGCCGCCAAACCAUCGGUCCAGCGCAGCUACAGGAUUCAACGCAAGAUCCAGUGGGACGACGCUUUUGUCGAGGAGUUGAAGCGCGCCCUGCUCGCCUGCAAAGUCUUCUGCUUCUAUCCAUUCUACUGGGCUGCGUUCGGACAGAUGUCGAACAACUUCAUCUCGCAGGCCGGCCAAAUGCAACUACACGGAAUCCCCAACGAUGCCAUGCAGAACAUCGAUCCCUUGGCCAUCAUCUGUCUCAUACCGCUCAUGGACCGCUACGCCUACCCGUUUCUGCGGCGCCGCGGCUUUCCCAUGCGGCCCAUCGCCCGCAUCACCUUCGGCUUCCUCUUCGCCGCGUGCGGCAUGGCAUAUGCCGCCUUCCUCCAGCACGUCAUCUACGCCAGCGAACCCUGCUUCGACGCUCCCUCGGCCUGCGCCGCGGCGCUGCGGGCCGACGGCAGCGGCUACGAGCCCAACCGCGUGCACGUCGUGCUUCAGGCGCCGGCCUACCUCAUGAUUGCCGUGUCGGAGAUCCUCGCGAGCGUGACGGGCCUGGAGUAUGCGUUCACCAAGGCGCCGGCAAGCAUGAAGAGCUUCAUCAUGGCGCUGUUUCUGCUGACGACGGCGUUCGGCGCCAUGAUCGGAGGGUUGAUCUCGCCCUUUGCGAGGGAUCCGUUGCUGGUGGGGCUGUACGCGGGGCUGGCGGUGGCGUGUUCGGUGACGGCUGCCGUGUUUUGGAAGAUGUUUAAGAAGUACAACGACGUGGAGGACGACGGGCUUGCAGGGCCAGGAAAAGACGAGGAUGAUGUGGUGGCGUGA